GGGUGGGGGUGGGUGGCAGGUGUCUAAGAUGGCAGGAGGAGGUUGUCCGCUGAAGGCUUCUCUUCCUCCCAACCAAUCAGUGGUUUCAAGCUCACGGCGAUGAACUGGAGACCAACGGCGUCGGAGAGAAAGUCGUGCCACAAGAAGCCGGGCAGCGGCCGGACGGAGGCUUUGUAGGUGACUGUGUCUGAGGCCGAACCACCCCGUCAGCGACUGGACACAGAGAUCUGCCCAAGGAUAAAUAUCACAGGUGAGCAAGAAGGACAGGGCAUUGGCAGUGCUAACCUGGUGUUGUUACCUGAGAAAUCACAUCUGGAUUCCAUGUUAGCCGUCUAACAUUUGUUCUCCAAGAAACUUAAAUAAGACUCAACUUCCAUCGGAAAACUCAGCAACAGCUUUACUGCACUUAGCAACGAUGAAGCACGUUUUGGGAAAUCAGUCGGAGAAGAGGAAACAAGGCUCUAAAAUCCCGAGACUCGACAAACCUGACAAGUCAACAAAAUGGUGGCCUUCACCUCAACUGAGCAGAUCCCCACCUGGUGGGACUGAAACAGCGACAGCAUCUGGAUUCACCCAACUACACGGUGAUACGGUUGCAGAUCCGAAGAAAUGUUGGAACUAUUUGGGUGGGUCGAGUGAGAUGGCCUCCGUGGAGACUCAACCAGACCCCAGUGCAGAGGGUCGGGCAAUGGGCGGUGGUGUGGGUCAUGCACCCGGCAACCCACCUAAAGCCAAUGCCGUCUCUUUACCAGAUUUUCAGGAAAGUGUCAAUGAGAUGAAAACGGACAAAGGAAAACAUCCCGAAGUGACUGUGACUGCGUGUCGUGUGGGUGAAUGUGACAAUAUCUACAGAACAACGUCCCUCACUCAGCCAUGGAUUGCUGAAGGUACAAACACCUCAUUCACUGAGACCCUGGCCUUGUACAAUGAGCUCCAGCUGCACAGACUGACACAGUUCUACUGGGACAGAUUGGAACAGGCCAUCGAGGAAGGCACAGAGGACAUAAGUUCAAGGCUGAGACAGAAGGAAUGUUUCAGCCCACACGAACAUAAAACGCUCACUGAUCUCUCACGCAUUGGGCAAAAGAGACGAAGCUCCAAACUUCUGCUCAACCUGGUGACGGAGAAAGAUUCCCGAGCCCGGAGAGUGAUGUGGGAAUUAUUCGAGGAGAUGAGAACAAUUUUGCCCAAACUGAACAGAAUCAUGACUGAAAUCCAGGAGCAAGGCGCCAGUCUAGUUAAGGUCGUGACCAAUGGCCAAAUUGUGCCUCACGUCCCCAACAGUCUAACAGCCGCUCAGCGAUUGCACAAGGAGAGGUCGCAGAGACAGAGCGAAAGCCUGGAAAUGAAGACCAUCCUGAUGAAGAAGAAGGUGAGGACGUUUCAGCUGGUUGAUCACUUCACGGAGUUGACAAUCAUUUCCGAUCUCCGUGACCUGGAACUGGUAGAACAUGAGCUGCUGGCGAGAGGCAGAGACCACGAGGAAUGGAGACAGAAGCAAAUCCGGAGAGAGCUGGAAAAAAUCAAAAUUGAUAAGUUGUUCCACAGCAGCUUCUCCAGAGGAAGCCAUUCACCUUCGUCCCAGGGAAGCGGAUCUGACUCUCCCACAGGGACUUCCGCAGUAGUGAGUGGAGUGGCCGGGAUUGGAAAAACCACCUUGGUGCAUAAGAUUGUCCAUGACUGGGCCACAGGCAAAAUCUAUCCUCACUUCCACUUUGUAUUUGUUUUCAAAUUCCGAGACCUAAACAGAUUUCACGACAGAACAACCCUGAGCCGUCUGAUCGUGGAGCAGUAUCCUUACCUCAGGGAUGUUCUGGACGAGCUGUGGAAACACCCAGAGACAUUGCUCUUUAUAUUUGAUGGUUUGGAUGAAUUCAGGGCAACGAGUGAUUUCGGUGACGAUCGGAGAGACACAGAGCCUCAGCGCAGGUGCACAGACCCUGAAUACUGCUCUGAAGUGUCUGACAUUGUGUACAGUUUAGUACAGCAAAAGCUGCUGCCCGGCUGCUCAGUGCUGGUGACCAGCCGCCCCACGGCAUUACAUUUACUGGCAAAGGCUCAGGUCAGUGUCUGGGCUGAAAUCCUGGGAUUUGUGGGUGAGGAGAGAAAGGAAUAUUUUCACAAGUUCUUUGAAGAUCAGGGGGUGGCGGCUGCUGUUUACAGCCACGUGGAUGAGAACGAGCUUCUUCUUACCAUGUGCUACAACCCUUCCUACUGCUGGAUCCUCGCUCUGACUCUGGGUCCCUUCUUUGCACUGAAACACAACAACAAACAGCGAGUUCCCAAGACUGUCACACAACUCUUCUCCCAUUAUAUUUAUCACAUUCUAACAAAUCACAGUGUAAAGAUGGAAAACCUCCGUGAUGUAAUGCUGAAGAUUGGUAACAUGGCCUUCACUGGAGUCUCCCAGAGAAACAUGAUCUUUAAUACUGAAGAUCUGAUCAAAUAUGAUCUCCAACCUUUCCAGUUCCUCUCUGGCUUUCUCAAGGAACUUGUGGAGAGAGAGUCUUCAGAACGCAGCCUGGUCUACGCAUUCCCGCACCUCACCAUCCAGGAGUUUGUAGCCGCACUCACUCCUUUCCUGUCUCCACAUCCCAGAACCAUCAGGAGAUGUCUGGCCCGUGCUGACAGGGAGAAGGAUGGUCGGUUUGAGAUAUUCCUGCGCUUUGUGGCUGGUCUCUCCUCCUCAUGCGCAGCUCAGCCACUGGAGGAGUUCCUGGGGCCAUUUGCCCAUCAGACAACCUGCGCGGUGAUCGAUUGGCUGAAAGAGAAGUUGAAAGCUCAGAUCCGAGACACAGACACCGUCCCUGGGAAACAGAAGCUGCUGAACACACUCCACUAUUUGUUUGAGUCUCAGAAUCAAGCCCUGGCACAGCUCACACUGGGCUCUGUACAAACACUGACAUUUGGUGGUAGCUCUCCAAAGAAAGCAUUGAUGUUGACACCGAUAGACUGUGUUGUGGUGUCUCAGGCCAUUGGACUGUGUGACACAAUACAACUACUGGAUCUGACCAGAUGCUACAUUCAGGAGGAGGGUCUCCAUCGUCUGGUUCCCGCUCUGCACAAGUGUCAGCAGCUGCUGCUGAGGUACAAUAAACUGGGAGUUUCUGAAAUGAUUCCACUGUGUGAGGCUCUGACGAAACCGGAGAGUAAAAUACAGAGACUGGACCUGGGGCACAAUAAUCUGGGAGAUUCAGGAACGACGCGACUGUGUGAGGCUCUGAGGAACCCGGAGUGUAAAAUAAAGAAUCUGGAGCUGACGAGCAAUAAACUGAGAAAUUCGGGAGUGAAGCGACUGUGUGAGGCUCUGAGGAACCCGGAGUGCAAAAUACAGAGACUGGUGCUGGAAGACAACAAGCUGACGGCGGAUUGCACCCGGGAUCUCGCCUCCGCUCUCAGUACAAACCGCUCGCUGGCAGAGCUGCACCUGAGUCACAAUAAUGUGGGAGAUUCGGGAGCGAAGCGACUGUGCGCGGCGCUGAGGAACCCGGAGUGUAAGAUACAGAGUCUGGGGCUCUGGAAUAACAGUCUGACAGCGGACUGUAUGGAUGAUCUCGUCUCCGCUCUCAGUACGAACCGCUCACUGACAGAGAUGGACCUGCGUCAGAACGAACUGGAAGAUUCGGGAGUGAAGCGACUCUGCGCGGCUCUGAGGAACCCGGAGUGUAAGAUACAGAGUCUGAGGUUGGGGGGUAAUAGCCUGACCGACGGCUGCACCGAUGAUCUGGUCUCCGCCCUCAGUACCAGCCGCUCACUGAGGCUCCUCGACCUGAGGGAUAACUCCUUCACAGACGGCUCGGUCCGCGCUCUCCGCCGCCUCGUACAGACCUGCGCCAGCCUGGAGGGGAUCUGGCUCGGGAGGAACAGGUUCAGUUCGGACGGAGAGAAGCAGCUGAAGUCGCUGCGGGGCUUCAGAGCGGAGCUGACAGUGUGGGUGUGACGCUGACUGAGGCGGUGACUGUCCACACCGUCUGCGCACUGGGGAAUACAUUCUGGACGCUGCACUGAUCGACUGUCACGCAUUUUAAUCCCAAUUCCUCUCCCAGGAGUCACUUUCCAUCCAUACGACUGCCUGCGGGGACGUCGCUGUGCGCCAUCGGCUGCCGCGUUCCGCCCAC